AUGAGGAGAGGAGCCGCCCCUUGGAACCUCACCCUGCCCCCCCCCUUUCUUCCUCCAGACCCCUGCCCACCCACGGUGGUCCUUGCACAGUCCCUUACACGGCGGCCAGCCCCCCAACUGCCCCAUCCCACCACGUCCCCACCACAGCAGCAGCCGUCGGAGGGGAGAGGCAGGGUAGAGGGUGGUGCUGGAGUGGCUCACGGCGGCCACCCCUUCCACACCAGUUCCCCCCCCACAGCCAAAGUCGUAGAAGGGAAGGCGACGGGGAAGCACAGGGAGGCUGCUCCGGGCGGCACAACAGUUGCAGUCGCGGAAUGUGCAGCCGCUGCAGCAGCAUAG